AUGAGGAGGCGUGGAGGCCAGCAGGACCAGCACAGCUGCUGUCAGUCAGCAGUGGCAGGAGGCCAAUCAGGAGAGGAAGAAGCAGCAGCUCCUGCACCUGCAGCUUGGAGGCAGCAGUAGAAAACCGAACAGGAGGUUCUCCUCAAAGACACCUCAGACCCCGUCAGGGAAGACCAGUCAGGGACGUGAAGAAGCUCUCAGACCGAAGGAGAAGAGACGAGCCCGAAGGAGGAGGAGGAGGAGGCCACCGUCGUCGCUACCACCGCUGCCGUUAACAAGCGUCACCUCCACAUGGAUUUUAAGUCCAACCUCAAGGGGUUCAAGGCCCAGGGUCAAGGGGAGCGAAAAGUCACCUCCUCCCAGCAGGUGGACUUCCGUUCUGUCCUGGCUAAGAAGGGUGGAGCGACCAAUGGCAGCAAAGAGCUGGACAGUCCAAAGGAGACCAACAGCGCCCCCAACACGAGCAUCACUACUGACUUCAGGUCUGUCCUGGCCAACAAAAAGAAAGCAGCCGCUCCAGAAAAAACGGUGGUAAACAACUGUGUGGGCGGAGCCAAAAGCGGAGGAGCGGGAGGUGGAGACCAGCUGCCUGUGUUCACAGAGAAACUGAAAGACUUGAUGGUUUUAGAUGGACAACGGUUACAGCUGCAGUGUCACCUGAACAACAGCCAUGAUGUCACCAUCACCUGGACCCUGGACGGGAAAACCAUCAAACCUUCAAAGUUUAUCGUCAUCACCAAUGAAGGAGGACUGUUGUCUCUGACCAUUGACAAAGCUCUCCCUGAGGAUGAGGGUCAGUACAUUUGUGUGGCAGAAAACUCAGGAGGACGAGUGGAGACAUCCUGCAUGGUUCUGGUGGAUGACCCCCCCGAAACGUCUCCUACAGAUAAAAAGUCCAAGUCGGCUCCUACCUCAGAGAGUGAGGCCAGGAUAAAGAAACCCACCACAAAGACUCCCCCCAAACCAGCUCUGCCUCCACAGAUUCUGCAGUUUCCUGAGGACAUGAAGAUACUGGCUGGAGAGAAGGUGGAGCUCGUGUGUCGAUUUUCUGGAGCUCAGCCAAUCAGCUGCAGUUGGCUUAAAUUCAGGAAGCCGAUUCAGGAGGGCGUGGGUGGCAUCAGCAUAGUCACCGAUGACGUCAGCAGUCAGCUAACGAUCAGCAGUGGUCAGCAGGAGCACUGCGGCUGCUACACCAUUGAGCUGAAGAACAGCUACGGUCUGAGGCAGGCGGCACUGAACCUCACUAUAGUUGAUAAACCUGACCCUCCAGCCAGGGUCCCAGCAGCCUCGGACAUUCAACGUUCCAGCCUGACUCUGUCCUGGUACGGACCCACGUAUGACGGCGGCAGUGCAGUCCAGUCCUACCUCCUGGAGGUCUGGGACUCUGUGGAGCAGCAGUGGCGUCACCUGGUUUCCUGUAACAGCACCUCCUACAAUGUCCAGAACCUUCUCCCCGAACGAGAAUACAAGUUCAGGGUCAGAGCUCAGAAUGUAUACGGCAUCGGAGAACCGAGCGCAGAAUCAGACCCAGUUACUGUCGGACUAAUUAACAACAAUGAAAACCACGAAGAUGAGGCGGAGGAUGAAGAUGAAGACACUGAAAAGGAGCAGGAGUAUCGUCACGUGACCAUUCGCACUGAUUUGAAGGUGAAAGAACUUUAUGAUGUGGAGGAGCGAUUGGGAACAGGAAAAUUUGGACAAGUUUUCAAGCUGGUGGAGAAGUCUACGAAGAAAGUUUGGGCAGGAAAAUUCAUCAAAACCUUUUCAGCCAAGGAGAAGGAAAAUGUACGACAGGAAAUAAGCAUCAUGAACGACCUUCAUCAUCCAAAACUGGUCCAGUGCAUUGAUGCCUUUGAAGCAAAGUCCGACAUCGUCAUGGUGCUGGAGAUGAUCUCCGGCGGAGAACUCUUUGAGCGGAUCAUCGAUGAGGACUUUGAGCUGACAGAACGUGAGGUCAUCAAGUACAUGCUACAGAUUGUUGACGGUGUCAGCUUCAUCCACAAACAAGGCGUGGUCCAUCUGGACCUGAAACCUGAAAACAUCAUGUGUGUCAACAAAACCGGCUCACAGAUCAAACUCAUCGACUUCGGACUCGCCCGCAGACUUGAGAACUCUGGAACGUUGAAAGUUCUCUUUGGAACUCCAGAGUUUGUGGCUCCUGAAGUCAUUAACUACGAAGCUAUUGGCUACCCCACCGACAUGUGGAGCAUCGGAGUCAUCUGUUACAUCCUACUCAGCGGUUUGUCUCCUUUUAUGGGAGACAACGACAACGAAACUCUGUCUAACGUGACCUCAGCCUCCUGGGAUUUUGAGGAUGACGCCUUCGACGAGAUCUCUGACAAUGCUAAAGACUUCAUCACCAAACUGCUGAAGAAGGACAUGAAAUCACGCCUGUCGUGCCCUCAGUGUAUUGAACACCAGUGGCUGAAACAGGACACAAACACAAUGAAAGCAAAAAAGCUUUCCAAAGAGAGGAUGAAGAAGUACAUCCUGAGAAGAAAGUGGCAGAAAACGGGUCACGCUGUGCUGGCCAUUGGCCGACUGUCGUCUAUUGCCAUGAUGGCGGGUGUGAGUGCAAAAAAAGGGUCACCCACAGAAGAGGACAAUCAGUUCCUGGAGAGUCUGGAGUACGAACAGAAGGUUGAGUCAAAGCCCACUUUCAGUGUCGUCAUCAAAGACGUGGAGGUUGUGGAAGGAAGUGCUGCUAGGUUUGACUGUAAGAUCGAAGGCUUCCCCGACCCUGAGGUCGUUUGGUACAAGGACAACCAACCGAUCAAAGAGACCAGACAUUUUCAGAUCGACUACGACGAGGAUGGAAACUGCAGCCUGGUCAUUUCAGAGGUUUCAGGCGAUGACGAUGCUAAGUACACAGUGAAGGCAGUGAACAGCCUGGGGGAGGCUACAUGCACAGCUGAGCUGCUAGUGGAGGUGAUGGGCGAAGAGGAGGAGGAGGAGGAAGAGGAGGAGUAAGGGGCCAACCUUUCCGAUAUUUGCCCCUCACAGCUUGGGUGUGGAGAAAUUUAGUCUUAUUUCUUUACUGCAUGUUCACGUCAGGUCGCCGAGGAUUUUUUACAAAUUGAUUUUUCGUCAACAUCAACAUGUUUUUGCACUUUUUUCACUUUUGCUUCAAAACAUCAGGCCUUCAGAUCCACCAGCAGCUGUUUCUGUGCCUCUGACCUUUGACCCUCGUAUUAACUGUAGGCGACAACGGCGUCUUUCAUUUUCUCACAUUCCAACAUUUUGUGUUUUAUCUUUUCCAUCAUACUAUAUUCGACAAAAUAUUUUUUUGAAAAGUUUGUUCACAGUUUUUGUUUGAUGUUUUGUCAUUAUUGUUAUUAUUAUUAUUAUUAUUAUUAUUACUUACAAAUUUAAAUCAGAGAUAAUUGUUGUUUUUUUGUUCUCACCUGCUCCUAAUUACAUGAACACAUUCAGAUUGGUGUGAUUGUAGACAAUUUAGAUUUUUCUUAUUUUUAUAAAGAUAUAAAUGUUUGGAAAUAAAAUGUACCAAAGCACCAA